UUGGGAGGGCAUUCCAUAGUUGCUGUAUAUUAGAUUCUUUUUCUCCCUCCAGACUCUUUAGGGGCCACCCAAGCAAUGCCCCAAAAUACACAUGUGCGUAACUGAAUAGCUUCAUAGGAAGUGGUGAGAAGUCUACUUCCAGUUUUGAAACAUUUGUAUUUCAGGAUGUUAAAGGUUUUGAAGUUCUCCACUCUCCAGCUUCUCCUGGAGCUUCUUUUUGCUGCAGGUCAUUUCUUUUCCUUUCCUUUCCUUUUCCUUUUAUUUUUUCUCUCCUUUUUUGCUGGAACAGAUACCCAGCGUGGUGUAUUGGAUCGAGUGAUGGACUAGCACUUUGGGGACCAGGGUUCAAAUCCCCGCUCAGCCAUGGAAAUUCACUGGGGGAGUGGAACUGGUAAAACCACUCCUUAAAUAUCUCACCAAUCUGCAUACACAAACCUCCCUUCUACCCGACACCAAGGAAGAGAUCCAAUACUGAAUGGGUUUAAUUUGUUCUUCUUGUUGGUAGGUAAGAUUUGUGGCCUUCUGAGAAGAUAAUAUCUUUUUCCUGCCAUGGAGCCUUGGGUGUAUCUGGACCCACGCCAGAGGGCCCUGUAUCGAGAUGUCAUGCAGGAGAGCUACGAGACAUUGAUGUCUCUUGCUGCUGAUAAAUUGCUGAACAGCAAUAACAACGAGGAGGAGGAAGACGAUGACGAUGAAGAGGAGGAAGAUGAAGGCCCCGAGGAACUGCGGCCAGGCACAUCUCAAAGCAUCCCCAGGCGGAUGAAACCUGUGCCACGUCGAGUGGCUCCCAAGCCACCGGAAAUAGUCCCCGUGGUAAAGAAGGACAAAGCCACCCAGCGUGGCCACGCCCUGAAGAAAAGCCUGGAGAGCCGUUGCUCCGAUUGCACCAAGAUCCUCCACACGGCCGGACGGGGCCGCCAGCGGAGCGAGGCCAACGCUGCCCGGGAAAAGCCCUUUCAGUGCACGGAUUGCGGCAAGUGUUUCAUUUGGAGCUCCCACCUGGAGCGCCACCGCCGGAUGCACACGGGAGAGAAGCCCUUCAAAUGCCUGAACUGCGGGGAGGCCUACAGCCAGAAUUUCCACCUCCUGCAGCACCGCUGCUCCCAGCUGAUCGAGAAGCCCUUUAAAUGUCCCGAGUGCGGGAAGCGCUUUGCCCAGAGCUCUGCCCUAGAGAACCACCAGAAGGGCCACACAGCCAUCAAGCGCCACAAGUGCGACGACUGUGGGAAGUGCUUCAUCUGGGCCUCCCACCUGGAGAGGCACCGGCGGGUCCACACCGGAGAGAGGCCUUUCAAGUGCCCCGAGUGCGGCGAGACGUACAGCCAGAGCGCCCACCUGGCCAAGCACCGGCGCAACCACAUGGGGGAGCGGCCGUACAACUGCCCCGCCUGCUGGAGAAGCUUUGCCCAGAUCUCGGAACUGGAGGAACACAAGAAGACCCACUUGGGCUGCGAGGAUUGCGGGAAGGUCUUCCGGAGCCGGCAGACCCUGAUGCGCCACCAGCGGGGCCACCGCCGCGAGCGCACCCACCUCUGCGAGGAGUGUGGGAAAGGGUUCGUCUGGGCCUCCCACCUGGAGCGCCACCGCCGGGUCCACACGGGGGAGCGCCCCUUCCCUUGCCCCAUCUGUGGGGAGAAAUUUGCCCAGAAGGUCCACCUCCUGCAGCAUAACAAGACCCACUUACACUCGAGGCCCUACAAGUGCGCGGACUGCGACAAGCACUUCGGGGACAGUUCGGCCUUCCUGGCCCACCAGCGCGGCCACGCCAUGGAGAAGAACCACAAGUGCCAGUAUUGCGGGAAAUGCUUUGCCUGGAGCUCCCACCUGGAGCGGCACCUGAGGAUCCACACGGGAGAGAAGCCCUACAAAUGCCCCGAUUGCCCCGAGCACUUUAGCCAGACCUCCCAGCUCUUCAAGCACCAGCGCAGCCACCUGGGCAAGCGGCCCUACAAGUGCAGCGAGUGCGGGCGCAGCUUUGGCACCACCCUGGAGGUCAUCAUCCACCAGCGCACCCACUUUGGGACAAAGCCCUACCGUUGCUCCCACUGUGGGAAAGGGUUCACUCGGCGGGCCAACCUACUGAAGCAUCAAAGGAGCCAUGUGAAGGAGACCCUAUAAAGAGCCGUGGGGCUGCACCCCAAAAGAGAGGGGGCAAGGGAACGUUGUCCUUUAUUAAAACCAUCGAGAACCCCACACGAGAGAGAAAGCCCUUCUGUUACGACCUGAUUAUGGGGGGGCCGAAUUCUUCCCCCCCAUGCUUAACCUGCUUUUGCAACAGCACCCGAUUAUCUGCACACGGCUGAAGAAUAUUGGUAAAAGGCAAACGAAACAACGCACAGUACAAAUGGGGAGUUCAUAGAAAAUGCCUUGAUGAAGAAGUGUUGCUGACACCCCCCCUUUUUUUCCAAGGAUGGACUGAUCACGGUUAAAAUGUUACAACCGCAUCCUUUGAGAAUAGAUCCUGAUUUAGAAAUCCAUACAGAUGUCUUAAUUCACAUUUGUUUGACACUGUGUAGAUAAAAUAUAUGCCCCAAUCUUUGGGAAAGAAAGCUUUACUGACCAUUCCUCUCUCUAUGACCCAUCAGAAAUUUUGCUCGGGGCAGACUAGCCCCUGUCUCCCUCCUGUUGCCCAACUCCCCCUUAUCAUUUUGAACUCUGGAUAACAAAAGCUUUAACAAAUGCCGAGGACUGACCUCCGUACCUUAAAUGCCUGAUGGGAUGGACUAAGACUUUAUGAAAUACUAGAGAAUCCACUUGCGGUGGAAAAGGAGACAUUCAUAAGCCCCUUGAACGUGGAGGGAAAGCUUUAUUGACUUACACAAUUCAAAGAAUUUAACUAUAGGUGGCCCCAUGAAUAAUAGGAGCUCUGCCUGAUUAGCCAGUGCAUUAGUACCUGAAUACCCGGAGGCUGUCUUAAGGUCAAACUGCAGCAUUAGAUGAGAUACCCGGUGUGGCUUUGUCACCAAUUUCUGCAUGGAUGGAAAAGACCCAGCUGAUUUCUCUUUGUUUCUGGAAUCCCAGCUGCUCACUUACUUCUGACCAGGUUGAUUUGGGGAGAAGAGGUUCUUUAGUCCCAGAAAUUCCUGGAGAUCUCGUCACUGUGAACUAGAGAAGCCAAGAGAAUAGAGACACUUGAAUCCCUCUUUUGAAAACUGGAAGAUGAUGGGGUGUGUGUGUAUGAAUAGUGAGCUUAGGAACCACCCUUCAGUUCUGAUAUCCUUAACUAUUGGGAGUUCUUGGUAGUUUGGUCAAAGGCAUUAAAUAGGUGGGGUGGGGGUGGGUGUAGGUAGAAAAAGCUACCUGUGGUUAGGGAAAGAAUUGCAAAAGAGUACAGCAUAUCGAAGGACAGGAGGGGAAAAGGCUCAAGCUGGAUUCAGCUUUGUGACUAUAGAAACCACCUUAACAAAUUGAUGUAUGAGUAUUGGGUAGGAUUCAGGGUUUGACUUUAGAGGCAUGCAUUUCUGCACAUUGCAGGGAACCGAUUCCUGUGUUAGCUGGUGUUUUUCCCUGUCCAAUCAUCUGAAUCACUUUCUAGUUGCCAACACAACCAGGCACCUAAGACUCCCCUUCAGCACACCACACACUAUUGUAGCAGGGAUGGGGGAAGGUGAGGUAGAGCCACAGACGUCAGCUGAGCAUCAUCAUAGUGGAGCUUUUGCUUGUGUGGAGGGAUUAGAGCCCACGGGAGAUGGUUUUGACGUGAAGAGAGGCAGGCUGGAAAUGUCACAAAAAUGGAAGCAAGCAUCUGUCCACGGAAAGAAAGGAAACACAGUCCCUUCCGAUUUGGAUUCAGCCUUCUGGGCUUCACUGCUGGGAGAGAAGAUGACUGGAACUGGAAAGGAGCUGAAGGAAGCAGCUGUGCUGGAAAUAUGGGGAAGCCCCACAGUGGAUGUAGAAGGUCUUGGUUGGAAAGUUUGUGGGGGGGGAAGGGAGUUGUUACUACUGAUUGAGAAACGGGGCAGUGGAACUCCCCCCUCCCCUGUUUCAGGGAGGGUAACUGAUUGGGGAGAGGGGCUGCCAAGAUAACCUGCCCCAUAUUCUGAUGGGGCCCUGAUUUCUCAAGCGUGUAGGGCUUCAGGAGGGCUAAAUGCGAAGCCAGAGCAUUGGAAAGCCCUGUGGCUUUGACUACAACUCCCAGAGUAUCAGAAAAUGGACCCGCUGGCAUGGAGCUUUUGGGAGUUGUAGUCCAAACCAACACACACACACACCAAGAAAACAUUUGCAAGCCAGGGGCAGGAUUGCAUUUCCUCCCUUCUUCUUGUGGCGGCUGCACCUCCUUCGACUACUGCUCUCCUGCCACCUACCUCAGAAAUCCUGUUCGAGGGGAUUGACCGAUGGAGUGAGCCUGUUCUUCUUGGCUGCCAAGGUCCUUGCAACGGAGAUGCCCACAGAGGGGUGGCAGCCGUUCCUGCUUGGGAUAUAGGACAGAUCUGAAGGACAGGGACGCUGCUGUAAACAUGCGACAAUGCUGCACACAAGAGGUUAACAACACAGCAAGGUACCCGACUGCUGUGUUGGCGGGAGGUCUAGUUUCCUACUAUGCGGCCCUCUUGCUUCUAUGACUGUAUUCCAACCUCCGCCUCUUCUUACUGCCCUGUGUUUCCCUUCCGCCCUCUCCAUGUUGUUAUGUCCCUUCUCCGUCAGAGGUUUAUUUACCUAAUUGUUUUUACUUUUUUUCCGGGGGGGGUAUUGUUUGCCACAGUGUGCUACUACUUUAUUUUCUCCUUUCCUCCCCCCCCCUUUUCUCCCCUCUUUAUUUUCAUCCAAAGCGAGCAAGCAUCUUUUCUGUUUAGGGCACUUUCCCCCAAACUGACGUAUAGCGGAAAAAAAGUUUCUAAGCUCCGAUAUCUUUGUUGUUGGUUAGGAGUAAUAAAGUAAAAGGAAAAUGUAGCUCAUAUAAG